AUGGCCCCUCCAACGAAGAAGCGCAAAGUCAACAGUGACCCCAAGUCCUCUCCUGCGAGCUCUCGAAACCUCGAUUUCUUCUUCGGCAAGCAGAAAGAGGCUCUACCACUUGAGAUGGGUCACAGUUCCCAUCAGAAUAACAAAAGUAAUUCAGGGCAGAGCGACGCAGCAGAGUUGACCGACGAACAAUUAGCUAGGAAGCUCCAGGCAGAAUGGGACGAAGAGGAAACCGCUGGGAAGGAUACUACAAAAGCUACGAAUGGAGACAGCGUAGGAGGAUUAUCCGGAAAUCUGCAAAGCGACAUAAUCGAGAGACGGGCUGAGCUCAAGACUGGCAAGAGCGAAGAAAUAUGCACAGGUCAAGCUCUUCUCGAAAGUAAGGCAGAAGCUGAUGACGGCCAUUCUCCCGAGAAACCAGCUUCACAUCCACUGCUGGCACCGAAAAGCAAUAACACCCUUUCUUUACAGUCGGCUGGGUCCGCCGAAGACAACAUUUCCUCCAAUAUACCAUUUGAUGAAAGCCCUCUAACGUUCGAUCCGUCAGAAUACGUUGCAGCGCUACAGGGUCAUUGGGCAGCAGAGGGAGGGGAUGCCUCAUAUGCACUGCUUACAAGAUGUUUUGUGCUGGUCAACAGUACGCAAAGUCGAAUCAAGAUUGUAGAUACCCUUGUGAAUCUGCUCCGGGUAAUCAUUGAGGGCGACCCUAGCAGUCUACUUCCUACUGUUUGGCUGAGUACCAAUGCUAUUUCACCACCCUACAUAUCACUUGAGCUUGGCUUAGGAGGAUCAGCUAUUUCAAAAGCCUUGAAGAACGUGUGUGGCCUAGACAACAGGUCCUUGAAAGCUCUUUAUGACAAAGUCGGCGAUGCAGGCGAUGUAGCUUUUGAAGCAAAGAAGCGGCAAAGCUUCACCCUUAGAAAGCCGAAGCCGCUCACGAUCAAAGGAGUUUAUCAAUCGCUUGUGAAGAUCGCCAAAACUCAGGGAACUGGAAGCGGUGAGAUCAAGCAAAGAGUGGUUGAUCGGCUGUUACAGGAUGCGAGAGGCGCUGAAGAGAGCCGGUAUGUUGUACGGACUCUUUGCCAACAUCUUCGUAUCGGUGCUGUCAAAACCACUAUGCUGAUUGCCCUUUCUCGAGCUAUACUCCUCUCUCGACCUCCAGGUGCCGAUUUCCCUCUGAGAUCGCCAAAAGAGCUAGCCAAACUCAAGAAAGAGGAAUUGGCAGAAGUGUGGUCGAAAGCAGAAGAAAUCGUAAAAGCAUGCUUCGCAAAACGACCAAAUUACAACGAUCUCAUUCCAGUGCUCUUGGAGAUCGGCGUUUGCGAGGAGCUACUCAUCAGAUGUGGACUCGCCUUGCAUAUCCCGCUGCGCCCUAUGUUAGGCAGUAUCACGAGAGAUCUCUCGGAGAUGCUGACCAAGCUGCAAGGUCGAGACUUCAGCUGCGAGUACAAGUACGAUGGUCAACGUGCACAGGUGCAUUGCGAUGCUCAAGGCAAGGUCUCGAUAUUUUCACGUCACCUCGAGCUUAUGACUGAUAAGUAUCCUGACCUGGUCGCUUUGAUCCCCAAGAUCCGUGGCGAAGGCGUGUCGAGCUUCAUCAUGGAAGGAGAAGUCGUGGCUGUUGAUCGAAACUCGGGCGAUCUAAAAACAUUUCAAACACUCGCCAAUCGUGCUCGCAAAGAUGUAGCCAUUGGGAGCGUCAAAGUUGAGGUGUGCUUAUUCUCUUUUGAUCUCAUGUAUCUAAAUGGGGAGUCAUUACUCGAUAGACCCUUUCGCGAACGACGAGAGCUCCUUCGAGGUCUGUUCACCGAAGUUCCAAACCAGUUCACGUGGGUGAAGAGUAUCGAUGCCACAUCUCAGGACUCUGAGACUGUACUCGGGUUUUUCAAGAGCGCCACCGAUAUCAAAUGCGAAGGCAUCAUGGUCAAGAUUCUCGACAACCUCCCAAAUUCUAAGACAGCAGAUGAAGAGGUCGACGGCGCAGAAAUCGCCGUGUCUGAGUCGCCAUUCAAACCCGCCAGAGGCAAAAAGAAAGCAGACAAGGAACCGACCGAAAAGAAAACCCGCCGCAAAGCUCUACUCGCCACCUACGAACCCGACAAACGUCUUGACUCUUGGCUGAAGGUCAAGAAAGAUUACAGCACAACAUUCGAUACACUAGAUCUCAUCCCAGUCGCUGGCUGGCACGGUCAGGGCCGAAAAUCGAAAUGGUGGUCACCUAUCCUGCUCGCUGUGCGGAAUGAGGAGACUGGCUCUUUAGAGGCGGUCUGCAAGUGCAUAUCUGGCUUCACAGAUGCAUUUUAUAAGGCCAAUAAAGAAUUUUAUGAUGAGGAUGGUGAGCACGUAUUAGGCGGGAAGCCAAGCUAUGUUGAUUAUGAGGGUGGGCAUCCAGAUGUGUGGUUCGAACCACAGGAAGUGUGGGAGAUGGCUUUUGCUGAUAUCACGAUCAGUCCUACCUACACCGCGGCGAUCGGCCUGGUAAGCGAUGAGAAAGGUCUGAGUUUGAGGUUCCCUCGGUUCCUCAAGAAGAGGGAGGAUAAAAGCAUCGACGAAGCAAGCACGAGUGAAUUCCUCGCUGGGCUGUGGAGAAAGCAGGAAGAGAAGGCUCCCGCUGCUGCAACAGAGGUACUCGAUAACGCCGGGGAGGAUCAAGACGACGUGUAGAUUCACAGGCGAUCGGUCACUUCGAGAACGAGCAAAGAGAUUCGUCUAUUCAUGUGUCUAACUCUCACAAGCCAAGCAAGCGACACAAUCAAACAGCCACAACUCCAGACACUAAAGGAAAUAAAACUGAGCCUAAAUCCAUAUCAAAGCCACUGGAAGCUUCAGCAAAGCUCCCGAACGAGAAGUCCG